GGCUGGGGCGCUCGAAGGAUGCCAUGGCCCCGGCACCCGUGGGCCAGCCAGCGCCGGGAUCUUUCCUGAAAGCGGUUUUGGAAGCUCUGAACUUGGGUCCGGCUGUGGUGAUCAGCCCAUCGCUCAGCGGCAUGUACUCCCUGCCCUUCCUCUUCCAGCACAACCACCUGCUCAAGGCGUACGUGCCAGUGGCACCCAUCUGCACCGAGAAAUUCACAGCAGAGCAGUACGCCCAGAUCAAAACCCCCACGCUGAUUGUGUAUGGGGACCAGGACAAGGAACUGGGGCAGACCAGCCUGAACAACCUGCAGCACCUCCCCAAGCACUGGGUGCUGGUCCUGCAGGGUGCUGGACACGCCUGCUACCUGGACAAGCCAAGCGAGUGGCACCACGAGCUCCUGGCCUUCUUGCAGCAGCUGGAAUGA